AUGAUACCGACCCCGCCACCCCGCUCCUUGCGCGACAAGUGUCUCGAGCUCAGAGACAAGGUCGAAGCGUUUCUUACGGAGGAACCCGAGACAGAAACACUUCGCGAUGUGCAAUCCCAAGUCCGCAAGUCGAUAGAGGCCGUUGACGAAGCUCUACACAGAUAUCGACCGGAACAAAUAUCGUUAUCAUAUAAUGGGGGAAAGGACUGCCUCGUACUCCUCGUGGUGAUCCUCGCUCGCAUGGGUCGCAUCUACUACUCAACCCCCGAACCAUCCACCAACGGCGCUUCCGCUAUUACACCCCCCGAGAAACUCCAAUGCGUUUAUAUCGUCGCCGCGCAUCCAUUCCCCGAAGUAGACGAGUUUGUUGAAACGUCGAGCGCAGAGUACGGACUCGAAGUUGCGCGCUAUGUGUUGCCGAUGAAGAAGGGUCUCGAGAUAUAUCUAGAGGAACGACCGAGCAUCAAGGCUGUCUUUGUCGGAACGAGAAGGACAGAUCCCCAUGGCGAGAACUUGACUUUCUUUGACCCGACGGACGCUGGUUGGCCGUCGUUUAUGAGAAUACAUCCUGUAAUUGAUUGGCAUUAUGUACAAAUCUGGGCUUUUAUUCGCCACUUAGGAAUCGAGUACUGUCCCCUUUACGAUCAAGGGUAUACGAGUCUGGGCGGAAUAAAAGACACCCAUCCGAACCCGCAUUUAAAGAAGCAGGGACAGAACGGGGAAGGGUUCCGACCUGCGUACGAGUUGACGCAAGAUGAUGAGGAGCGACUGGGUCGCGAAUGA